AUGAAUAUCUGCAAUAAGCCUCAUAAUAAGAUAGCUCCAGAGGAUUUGGGUGAAGCUGUCCCUGAGGUGAAGGUCCAACGUGCUCGAAGAAAUGGCUGGAGUUGGCCCCUGCACCUGUUCCAGAUCAUUGCCUGGCUGCUGUUCCUCUUCUUUGCACUGGUUGGCUUUGGAAUCCUGGUUCCUCUCCUGCCCCGCCACUGGCUGCCCGCUGGUUAUAUCUGUCCAGGAGUGUGUUUUAUCUACCAUUUAGUCGUUCAUCUUACUGCAGUUUCCAUUGAUCCUGCGGAUGCAAAUGUGCGAGAAAAAAACUAUCUGGGGCCUCUGGCCACCUUCAACCGUAACCAACACUCACAUGUCAUUGAGAACCAUCACUGCCAUGUCUGUGAUGUAGAUGUGAGUGCCAAGUCAAAGCACUGUGGAACUUGCAACAAGUGUGUGUGUGGCUUUGAUCAUCACUGCAAAUGGCUCAACAACUGUGUGGGAGAGAGGAAUUACUGGCUCUUUUUGAACUGUGUGCUGUCUGCCAUUCUGGGCCUGGGACUUCUGCUGCUCAUCGCUUUCUACGUCUUUGUGGAGUUCUUCAUCGACCCCAUGGUGCUUCGCUCUGACCAGCACUUUGAUGCUUUGAGAAACCACAUGGACCGCUGGUUUGUGUUUCUUCCUGCAUCUCCUGUUGAGACUCGGGCACCUGCCAUUUUGGUGACAGCUGGGAUUUUUAUUCUUCUGAGCCUAGUGACCAUGAUCCUGCUGGGCCACCUCUUGACCUUUCACAUCUAUCUCUUGUGGCACAAGUUGACUACGUAUGAGUACAUCCUGCAGCAGCGUCCCCAGCAGCAGCCAGACAAGGUAGAGGAGAAACAGGAGUCUUGUUCCUCCCAAGUGAGACCCAGUCAGGAAGCAGAUUUAUUGUCAGGUAAUCCUGGCUAUACAGACCCUGGAAUUCAAGUAGAGGAAUUCUCAACAGUAACUUCAGGAAAAAGCUUUCCAAAGCUCUAUGUCCAUAACCAAGAAGGUGACCCCAAGCAGAGUUCAUCCUCUGAGUCCCCGUCUCUUCACUCUGUGGCCACUCCUCAGCAACAAAAGAAAAGAAGAAAGAAAAUGCAGAAAGCUUCUUCUUCAGCAAUGGACAGUGGAUCUAAAGCACAUGCUGCACCUUGGCCCUCAUUCCCAGAUCCCCCUUCAGAGUUCCCAGCCACAGCUGCUGCCACCUCACCUUCCCACAGCCUUCACCUCUUAGUGCCAGCUUUUCCUCUGAGAGCUGUUGUGUCCCCCAGCAGCAUGGGCCUCAUCCAGGCAGCAGAAACCCCAGCUGACCAUCACUCAGAGUCCUCUGAGUCCAUGGAUGAGAUUCCUGUAGCUCAGAUUUGCCUUGGGAGCCCAGUCCUUCAAGGGCCUCCUACAAAUAACUCAGGCAACUCUCAACAUUAUCCCUUGUCCACAGACAAUCCCAGAGGAGACAGGAAGAAGAAUUUUUAUUCUGAGCACAAGGUCAAAAGGAGAAGCUGCCAGCAGAAUAGACGCAUGGAACGAGACCUGGAACUUUUUUCUAAGAUUCCUGCUGUGUUUGUAAGUAAGAGCAGUGGAGAACCUCUUGUCCCUCAGCCCCAGCCCAGUGAGAGCACGUCCGAGCCUGACCACAGAAAAUGCACCAGCAAGCAGCAUGUGGGCACACAUGAUCCAUUCUCAAAGGACAUAAGGACAAGCACCACAGCGGCCUAG